AGAGAGAGAGGGAGGGAAAGAGAGAAAUAAACAGACAACUGUCCCAGAAACUGGAACGUGCUCUCAUUUCACCUCGUGAAGCGCGUCUGUCUAAGCGCGAGCGUGAAUCGCUCGGCGAAUGUCAAGUGUCAAGUGAAGUUUUUUUGCGUCACAAGAUCGUUCAGAUGUCAACAUCCAACGAUGACUUUGACAGACCGUUCGACCAACCAGAAGAAGAUGCAGAACCGUUGCAAUGGAGUGUUUUGCGAAAAUUAUGUCGUACCAGUGUGGAGCAUUUUGCGUCCGACCAAAACGAAAGCAGUGUCAGGAUUAAGGCGGCAUUACUGCUGAUCCUGGAUCAAUUAGAUGAAUUACAGCCACUAUACAAUGAGAUAGUCAAGUUCGCGCCACACUUUGAUUUUGAUGAGGAGACCCCGGGAAAUGGAUACAGAAGUUUUCUCUCGAUGGUUGACAAAUGUAUCGUGCAUUCCGAACAGAUCUGUCGACAGAUGUAUCAUCAGAAAGAUUCCAUGUUUUCCCGAAAGAACCAUCACAUGAAGGAAAUAGAAGCAUGCUCCCAGCUAUUGGUAUCGUUACAGACAUUCUUGCAAUAUUUAAAAAUAUUAUACUCGUGGAGUACAGAAGUAAUGAGCGAUGGAAAACUGUCACUGUUCAUACUAGAUCAUAACGUUCAAGAAUUUCUCCAUUGGACAGAAAAUAUUAAUCAAUACUGUUUCUAUGGUAGAUGCGUAGGAUUUCAGUAUGGCAAUAGUUUAAAAAAGGUAUUAAAAACAAUAGGAUUUGCUAUGGUUUCUUAUAGUGAAAUGUAUUAUAAUAAUGAUACGAUACUAGGACGAUGCGCUAAUUCCAUCAAAUAUUUUUUGGAUCCUGAAGCGAGAGCACGUCGUAUUGUCAAUAUAUCACAAUAUGCUGAUGUUUCUUUUACCCAAGCAUUUUGGUUCCUCAAUGAACUCGAAAUACUUUCUAUAGUGAAGCCCUCGUUAGCCAUCAAUCAACUCAUAUCUAUUCCACCUGAAGAAUUAAUUCUGCCUACUUUGGAUGGUGGGAUUGUUUCAAUUCCAAUACCAAAUAGCCAUAUUGGGAAAAAACCGAUCCAUGUUAGAUUAUUGAGUUCCAAACGACGUCUAGGAAUGGUCGGAUCUGGGGGUAUAGGAGGAGAAUUACAUGGUCUAUGUGACAGACUGAUUAUUCAUACUCAUGGUGGUGGAUUUGUGGCACAAACGUCGCGAUCGCACGAAAUGUAUCUACAUAAUUGGGCUACAACGCUCGGAGUACCGAUCUUAAGCAUAGAUUACAGUUUAGCUCCAGAAGCUCCUUAUCCACGCGCGCUUGAAGAAGUGGUGUAUGCUUACGCAUGGGCGUUAAAGCAUGCAAGUACAUUGCUCGGAAGUACAGCGGAAAAAGUGAUAUUUGUCGGUGAUUCUGCAGGGGGUAAUUUAAACUUGGGGGCCAUUUUGAAGUGUCUACAAUUAAAUAUAAAAAGGCCAGAUGGUAUUUUUAUAGCUUAUGCGCCAAUAUUCCUCGAUAUCAUUCCAUCACCAUCUCGCAUGCUCUGUCUUACAGACUCGCUAUUACCAUUUGGUUUUAUGAUACGAUGCUUGAAGGCUUACGUAGGAUCUGAUAAUAAGAAAUCUUCAAAGGAACAUGAGAUUGAAGAAUGCGUUAAAUCGGAUACAGAGUCUUUUGCGGAAGUGAGCGAAAGUGACCUUAUAGCAUUAGCUCUUAGUCCAAACGGAGACGGCGCGAAUGGUGCGCAAAAAUUAGUAUCUCUGCCAUCUGAUUCGACGUUAAAUUCUGUCAGCUUAACAGAAGUCGAUGGUAUUGAAGGUCCGAAAGUGCACGUGGAGCCUCGAGAAUAUAUCAGCAGAUUUUUAAAUAUGUACAGAAAUUCCGGCACAGCUUCAGUAUCGUCACCUGUUGUGGAAAAUGGCUGUGUCAGCAGAGAUGGUAAUGUUUCAGGACAAAGUGACAAAUCAUGGUCUUUGUUCGGCUGGUCCCUCGGAAGAAGUAAUAAAGAUAUCAGGCAACUUGAUAUGAAGAAUGCUAAGCCUCUUUGGGAGGAAUUUACAAUACCAAGAGAUCUGUUCUUAAGUCCUUUUCUCGCAUCAGAUGAUAUGCUAGCUCAUUUACCGCCUAUGAAAAUAUUGACGGUAGAGUUUGAUCCUUGUCUCGAUGAUUGCGUCAUGUUUGCGAGAAAACUUCGUUCGCUUGGUAACAAAGUUACACUGGAUAUAUUGCCAGAUUUGCCACAUGGAUUUUUCAAUUUCCUACAUGUUUCAAAAGAAGCGAUGGAGGGCGUAGAAUUCUCUGCCAAAAGAAUAAAAGAAUUGCUGGAAUUAGAACCAUAAUAUGAAUAAUUAUCACUGUUAAGAUAUACAUGUUGAUCUAGAGAUUCUAAAUGGAAAAUAUUCAAUAUUGCAGAAAUCUGUAUUUAUACAAAAUAUGUAAUUGUGCAGUCUAGAUGCAAUCAAGUACCGUGAUAUCGUUUUCAAUGGCUUAACUAUUUGUAAUGUAUCAUUAUGCAUUAUUAUAUAUGCAUCAUUAUGCAUAUAUAAGAGAUAAUGCUUUGCACUAAUAAUUUUCUAUAUGUAUUAACUAUUUUAAUUAUUUCAUUAUGCAUUAUUAUAUAUGUCAUACAUUGUGAAAGCAGCUUUAUCUAAAACAAUUAGAAUAUAGAGUGUUUUGCAUAUAUUUGAUUAGGUCUUAAAAAAGAA